AUGAGCUUAGAAGCAUAAGUAACUUAAAUUGAAACAGAUCUAUAUGACAAUGGGUAGUCAAAAAUUAUUAUGGAAAAGGAUUCAACUGAAUCAGGUUCAGAAAAUGUUGACAUAUAUAGAGAAUAAAGUAAGUAAAAUGAUUCAAGAGAAUUAUAAGAUGAAGAAACAGUAAAAUUAAAUAAUAUACCAACAAAUAUGGAAGAAUUCAAAGAAUAUAUUAAUUAGGAGGGAUUAAAUGAAAGUAUGGAUUUUAGUAAACAAGUGGAAGCUAAUAGCAAUAAUAAUUUAAACAUUGAACGUGAAUAGGAUGAAUAAAACAAUAAUGAAUUACCUGAGAGCAGUAAUGAUAAAAAUAUAAAUAUAGAUUUUGAGUAUGAUAAACAAUUAAUAUAAAGUAAAUAAAAUGGAUAUAAAUAAAUAAAUUUUUAGUUAGAUGGUAAGUAAUAAAAUGAAAGUUAAGAUAUAAAUUAAAGUUUAUAAUUAAAAUCAAAAAAUUAACAUGUGAAAUUUGUAGGAAACUAUGAUAAGGAAUUUAAUUUAGAUCAUCUUAUUAAGGUCGACAGAUUAGUUUAGUAUUUAUAAAAAGAUGAGUCAUAUUAAGAAUAAAUAAUUAAUAAAUUUUAGACUGACUAAAACGUAUAUGCGAAUUAAGAAUAAGUAUUCAACUAAAUCUAAAAUGAAUAAUAAGUAGAAUCUAGUCAAGGUUAACAAUUAAAUCAAAUCUAACUUGAAUAGUAAGUAGAAACUACUUAAUAAUAAGAUUAAAACCAAGUUUAAAAUGAAUAGUAAGUAGAAUCUAGUGAAGGUUAACAAUUAAACCAAAUCUAACUUGAAUAGUAAGUGGAAUCUAGUGAAGAUUAACAAUUAAACCAAAUCUAACUUGAAUAGUAAGUGGAAUCUAGUGAAGAUUAACAAUUAAACCAAAUCUAACUUGAAUAGUAAGUGGAAUCUAGUGAAGAUUAACAAUUAAACCAAAUCUAACUUGAAUAGUAAGUGGAAUCUAGUGAAGAUUAACAAUUAAACCAAAUCUAACUUGAAUAGUAAGUGGAAUCUAGUGAAGAUUAACAAUUAAACCAAAUCUAACUUGAAUAGUAAGUGGAAUCUAGUGAAGAUUAACAAUUAAACCAAAUCUAACUUGAAUAGUAAGUGGAAUCUAGUGAAGAUUAACAAUUAAACCAAAUCUAACUUGAAUAGUAAGUGGAAUCUAGUGAAGAUUAACAAUUAAACCAAAUCUAACUUGAAUAGUAAGUGGAAUCUAGUGAAGAUUAACAAUUAAACCAAAUCUAACUUGAAUAGUAAGUGGAAUCUAGUGAAGAUUAACAAUUAAACCAAAUCUAACUUGAAUAGUAAGUGGAAUCUAGUGAAGAUUAACAAUUAAACCAAAUCUAACUUGAAUAGUAAGUGGAAUCUAGUGAAGAUUAACAAUUAAACCAAAUCUAACUUGAAUAGUAAGUGGAAUCUAGUGAAGAUUAACAAUUAAACCAAAUCUAACUUGAAUAGUAAGUGGAAUCUAGUGAAGAUUAACAAUUAAACCAAAUCUAACUUGAAUAGUAAGUGGAAUCUAGUGAAGAUUAACAAUUAAACCAAAUCUAACUUGAAUAGUAAGUGGAAUCUAGUGAAGAUUAACAAUUAAACCAAAUCUAACUUGAAUAGUAAGUGGAAUCUAGUGAAGAUUAACAAUUAAACCAAAUCUAACUUGAAUAGUAAGUGGAAUCUAGUGAAGAUUAACAAUUAAACCAAAUCUAACUUGAAUAGUAAGUGGAAUCUAGUGAAGAUUAACAAUUAAACCAAAUCUAACUUGAAUAGUAAGUGGAAUCUAGUGAAGAUUAACAAUUAAACCAAAUCUAACUUGAAUAGUAAGUGGAAUCUAGUGAAGAUUAACAAUUAAACCAAAUCUAACUUGAAUAGUAAGUGGAAUCUAGUGAAGAUUAACAAUUAAACCAAAUCUAACUUGAAUAGUAAGUGGAAUCUAGUGAAGAUUAACAAUUAAACCAAAUCUAACUUGAAUAGUAAGUGGAAUCUAGUGAAGAUUAACAAUUAAACCAAAUCUAACUUGAAUAGUAAGUGGAAUCUAGUGAAGAUUAACAAUUAAACCAAAUCUAACUUGAAUAGUAAGUGGAAUCUAGUGAAGAUUAACAAUUAAACCAAAUCUAACUUGAAUAGUAAGUGGAAUCUAGUGAAGAUUAACAAUUAAACCAAAUCUAACUUGAAUAGUAAGUGGAAUCUAGUGAAGAUUAACAAUUAAACCAAAUCUAACUUGAAUAGUAAGUGGAAUCUAGUGAAGAUUAACAAUUAAACCAAAUCUAACUUGAAUAGUAAGUGGAAUCUAGUGAAGAUUAACAAUUAAACCAAAUCUAACUUGAAUAGUAAGUGGAAUCUAGUGAAGAUUAACAAUUAAACCAAAUCUAACUUGAAUAGUAAGUGGAAUCUAGUGAAGAUUAACAAUUAAACCAAAUCUAACUUGAAUAGUAAGUGGAAUCUAGUGAAGAUUAACAAUUAAACCAAAUCUAACUUGAAUAGUAAGUGGAAUCUAGUGAAGAUUAACAAUUAAACCAAAUCUAACUUGAAUAGUAAGUGGAAUCUAGUGAAGAUUAACAAUUAAACCAAAUCUAACUUGAAUAGUAAGUGGAAUCUAGUGAAGAUUAACAAUUAAACCAAAUCUAACUUGAAUAGUAAGUGGAAUCUAGUGAAGAUUAACAAUUAAACCAAAUCUAACUUGAAUAGUAAGUAGAAUCUAGUGAAGACUAACAAUUAAAUUUAAUCUUACUUGAAUAGUAAAUACAAACGAAUUAAGAAAAAGAUUCAAAUCAUAUUUAAAAUUUAUUGAAUUUAGAAACUAAUUAAGAAUCAGUAUUAAAUUAUGUCUCAACUGAAUAGUAAGUAAAACCAAGUUAAGAAUAUAUUUAGGAAUCCUAAUAAUUAUAAAUUUCAAAUCAAAACUAUUAUUUUAUAAAUAAACCAAAUAUUUUAAAAACUUAAAGUAUCUUUAAAAAACUAAAAAACAAAAUCCAAACAUAAAUACAAUAUUAGUUUUUACAAUUUUUUACUAUGUUUUUUACCAUUCUAUCACUUAUUAGAACUAAAAUAACAUCACAUUACAACAUACUUAUCAGCAUUACACUAUUAAUAAUAAACCAAUCUAUAUUCUAUGUUUAAAAAUUUUUACAUUAACUAUUUUUAAUUUUUAAAGAAGAAAGAUAACAGAAUGAUUUAUUUAUAGAACCAAAUUAACUAAUAAUAAAGCAAAAAUUAGAAAAUUUAUAACUUUUUAUCUAGAAUUUUUUAACUUUAUUUAACAAGUUUAAAUCAAUUUUAAUAAAGGCUUUUUAAAUAUUUUUAAACUUUUUGCUCAAAAUUUAUAAUUUUAUCAAGUUCAUUUUAAUUUAAGUCCUAGAUAUCCCAAUAGCUAUAAUAAUCAUAUUUUACAAUGGGGCUAUUAUAAUGAUAAAAAGAUUUUAUAUCUUGACUUAGAUACUAAAAAGACUUUAUAACUAUUUAUUUGCAUCUUCAAACUCAGCAGUUCCUGCUCCUGCUCCUCCUACUCUCCCUUCAUAACCUAAAGAAUACCCUAUUGCAUUAUUAAUAGGAGAAGCUGGUGUUGGUAAAACAUAAAUAUUAAACAAAAUUAAUGAUUAAGAAAUCUUGUAAUAUGAAUUUUUAGAAACAAGUUCUUUCGAUUUUAAAAAUGAUAUUGAAUAAAGGGAGAUACAAAUAAAAGAAUUUUAAAGAAUUUUUGAUAGCAAACCAAAUAAAGUGGCUACAUUAUUUAUUGUUGUAAAAUUUGAAAGAACAGAUAUAAUGAAAAGAUCAAUAUUAAAUAUUUACCCAUACUUUAAGAAGUUUUAGAGUUAAAUAAGCUUAAUUAUUACUCAUUUUGAUUUAAGUGAUGACCAGGAAUAAGAUAAAGUUGAUUUAUAAAGGGCUUUAAAAAUUUUUAAAUCAAAGUCAAUUUUAUUUGUUGGUCAGCAAACAUCUAAAGAAGAAUUAAUUAGCUAAAUAAAACGUUCAGAUAGUUUAGUUUCUAUUGAAAAAGACUAUAAGUUUGAUUUGACUGAUACAAUAUUUGAAAAACCUGAUGAAGAAGAAACAAAGGAGUUAAGGGAUGCUUUAUAACAAUUGGCGGCAAGAGCGUGA